UUAAAUAGCGAAAUUCGCCAUUGUAGACCUUCAUCUCUUCCACGCCUCCAAUUUUGUAGGCAUUCAUUCAUUUUGUAUGUACCUAUAAAUUCUCCCUCUCCUUAUUUAUAUAUAGAUAAAGCUACUGCAUUAAAUCGUAAAUUAAUUAUACUCACAUUUCAUUGAGAUAAAAUGGCGGCGAUUCCAUCGGUGAAGCUCGCUGGAGUGGAGAAGGCGAUGCCGGUGAUAGGCAUGGGAACUAUGUCGUUCCCGGCCGCGGACCUUGAGACAACGAAGGCGGCCGUGCUGGAUGCGAUCAGGGCCGGGUACCGCCACUUUGACACGGCGUUCGCCUACGGAUCUGAGAAGGCACUUGGCGAGGCUGUGGCCGAGGCCCUGCGCCUCGGCCUUGUGGAGUCGCGGAGCGACCUCUUCAUCACCACGAAGCUGUGGGCCAGCUUCGCGGGGCCCGGCCAGGUCGUGCCUGCUUGCAAAAUGAGCCUAUGGAAUUUGAAACUUGAGUAUGUGGAUAUGUACCUGAUCCAUUGGCCGGUGAGGUUGACGGAGGCGGUGUCGAAAACUCCGGUGCCGGAGGAAUUGGUUCAGGCUUUGGAUAUGAAGGUGGUGUGGGAAGGCAUGGAGGAGUGUGUGAAUUUAGGGCUAACAAAGGGAAUUGGUGUUAGUAAUUUCUCAUGCAAUUUGCUUGAACAGCUCAUCUCCAUUGCCAAAAUCCCUCCUGCGAUCAAUCAAGUGGAGCUGAACCCAUCUUGGCAACAAAAGAAACUGAGGGAUUUCUGCAAUGAAAAAGGCAUUCAUAUCACAGCAUAUUCUCCUCUUGGUGCAAACAACACAAAGUGGGGAGACAACAGAAUAUUGGGAAAUGAUGUUUUAGCAGAUAUUGCUAAAGCAAUGGGAAAAACCACAGCUCAGGUGGCAUUGAGGUGGGUGUAUGAGCAAGGAGUGAGCAUAGCAAGCAAGAGCUUUAACAAAGAGAGGAUGAGACAAAAUCUUGAAAUAUUUGAUUGGUGUCUUAGUGAUGAAGACUUGGACAAAAUAAGCCAACUCCCACAAACCAAAGGAGUCACUUUGGCUGCUGCUUUGGGACCCCAUCCUCUUGUUUUGGAGAUAGAUGCAUCAAUUUAGAUUUUAGUUUCUUUAUAAACAACCCACAUACAAACACUUUUCUUUUGUAAUUCUCUCUAUUCAAUAAAAUUACUUUUCAUUUCCA